UGGCUGCUUCCCACUGCCAAAAAGGAAGCAAUCUUGUCCCUCACUGCUUAGUGCUGCUGCUGUCACAUCCAGCAGAUAAAGCUCCCUAAACUUCUCUGCAAAAAUUUCGGGACUUUGCACUAAAUCACAGAAAGUUUUUGUUUUUUCUCUUGGGAGCCGAAGAUAUUUUAGAGAAGCAUUACUCUUUCAUUUCUCCAGUUGAACAUUUUCUAGCCAUAAGAGCCAUGCAAAUAGAGCUCUCCACCUGCUUCUUUCUGUGCCUUUUGCCCUUGAGCUUUAGUGCGACCAGAAGAUACUACCUGGGUGCGGUGGAACUUUCCUGGGACUACAUGCAAAGUGAACUGCUCAGUGAGCUGCACAUGGAUACAAGGUUUCCUCCUAGAACACUAAGAACUUUUCCAUUCAGCACCUCGGUCAUGUACAAAAAGACUGUGUUUGUAGAGUUCACGGAUCACCUUUUUAAUAUUGCCAAGCCCAGGCCACCAUGGAUGGGUCUGCUGGGUCCUACCAUCCGGGCUGAGGUUUACGACACAGUGGUCAUUACACUAAAGAACAUGGCUUCUCAUGCUGUCAGUCUUCAUGCUGUUGGUGUAUCCUACUGGAAAGCUUCUGAAGGUGUUGAAUAUGAGGAUGGGACCAGCAAAAGGGAGAAGGAAGAUGAUAAAGUCAUUCCCGGUGAAAGUCAUACCUACAUCUGGCAGGUCCUGAAAGAGAAUGGUCCGAUGGCCUCUGACCCACCAUGUCUCACCUACUCCUAUCUUUCUCAUGUGGACCUGGUGAAAGACCUGAAUUCAGGCCUCAUUGGAGCCCUGCUGGUUUGUAGAGAAGGGAGUCUGGCCGAAGAACGGACACAGACCUUGCGGGAAUUUGUACUACUUUUUGCUGUGUUUAAUGAAGGGAAAAGUUGGCACUCAGAAACAAAUGAGUCCUCAACACAGGCUACGGACCCUCCAUCUGCUCAGGCCCAGCCUGAAAUGCACACAAUCAAUGGCUAUGUAAACCGGUCUCUGCCAGGUCUGAUUGGAUGUCACAAGAAAUUGGUAUAUUGGCAUGUGAUUGGAAUGGGUACCACCCCUGAAGUGCACUCAAUUUUCCUCGAAGGUCACACAUUUCUUGUGAGGAACCACCGAGAAGCCUCCUUGGAGAUCUCACCAAUAACUUUCCUUACUGCUCAGACACACCUGAUGGACCUUGGCCAAUUUCUACUGUUUUGUCACAUCUCUUCCCACCAACAUGAUGGUAUGGAAGCUUAUGUCAAAGUAGACACUUGCCCAGAGGAACCCAAACUACGAAAGAAAAAUAUUGCUGAAGAAGACGAUUAUGAUGAUGAACUUUAUGACUCUAACAUGGACAUUGUCAGGCUUGAUGAUGACUACUCUCCUCCCUUUAUGCAAAUCCGCUCCGUUGCCAAAAAGCAUCCUAAAACUUGGGUCCACUAUAUUGCUGCUGAAGAGGAGGACUGGGACUAUGCUCCCUCAGUCCCCACCCCCAGUGACAGAAGUUAUAAAAGUCUAUAUUUGAACAAUGGUCCUCAGCAGAUUGGUAGGAAGUACAAAAAAGUCCGAUUUCUGGCAUACACAGAUGAAACAUUUACAACUCGUGGAGCUAUUCAGUAUGAAUCUGGAAUCCUGGGACCUUUACUUUAUGGAGAAGUUGAAGAUACACUGUUGAUUAUAUUUAAGAAUCAAGCAAGCCGACCAUACAACAUCUUCCCUCAUGGAAUCACUGAUGUCACUCCUUGGCACUCAGGGAGAUUGCCCAAAGGUGUGAAACAUUUGAAAGAUAUGCCAAUUCUGCCAGGAAAGACAUUCAAGUAUAAAUGGACAGUAACUGUAAAAGAUGGGCCAACUAACUCAGAUCCUCGGUGCCUGACCCGGUAUUACUCAAGCUUCGUCAACCCAGAGAAAGAUCUGGCCUCAGGACUCAUCGGCCCUCUCCUCAUCUGCUACAAAGAAUCUGUAGAUCAAAGAGGAAACCAGAUGAUGUCAGACAAGAGAAAUGUCAUCCUGUUUUCUGUAUUUGAUGAGAAUCGAAGCUGGUACCUUACAGAGAAUAUGCAGCGCUUCCUCCCCAGUGCAGAUGGAGUACAGCCCCAGGAUCCAGAGUUCCAAGUUUCCAACAUCAUGCACAGCAUCAAUGGCUAUGUUUUUGAUAACUUGCAGCUGUCAGUUUGUUUGCAUGAGGUGGCAUACUGGUACAUUCUAAGUGUUGGAGCACAGACUGACUUCCUUUCUGUCUUCUUCUCUGGAUAUACCUUUGAACACAAAAUGGUCUAUGAAGACACACUUACCCUAUUCCCAUUCUCAGGAGAAACUGUCUUCAUGUCCAUGGAAAACCCAGGUGUGUGGGUUCUGGGGUGCCACAACUCUGAUUUUCGGAACAGAGGCAUGACUGCCUUACUGAAGGUUUCUAGUUGUAACAGAAACUCUGGUGAUUAUUAUGAAGACAUAUAUGAAGAUCUUCCACCUUCCUUGCUGAAUGAAAACCAUGUCCUUGAACCCAGAAGCUUCUCCCAGAAUACAAGGCACUCUAGCACUUGGCAAAAACAAUUCAAACCAACUAUGAUUCCAGAGAAUGAUAUAGAGAAGAUUGGCCCUUUGUCUGGGGAGAGAACACAGCUGCUUCAAGUACAAAGUGUCUCCUCUAGUGAUUUGUUGAUGCUCUCGGGACAGAAUCCUACUCCACAUGGAUUAUCCUUAUCCGAUCUUCAAGAAGCCACAUAUGAGGCUGAUGAUCAUUUACCUGGAGCAACAGAAAGAAACAAGGGCCCAUCUGAAGGGGCACAUCUCAGACCAGAGCUUCGUAACAGUGGGGACAGAGGAUUUACUCCUGAACCAGAACUGCAAUUAAGAGUAAACGAGAAUGUGGGGACCACUCUAACAGUAGAGUUAAAGAAAGGUGAUUUGAACAUUUCCAGCUUACCAAACUAUCUAAUGACUUCACCCACAAUUCCAUCAGAAAAGUUGGCAGCAGGUACUGGAAAGACAGGUUCCUUACGACCCUCAAAUGUGCCAACUCACCUUAGUAGUCAGUUAGGUACCACUGUAUUUGAUAACAAUUCAUCUCACCUUAUUAAGUCUGGUGGACCUUUGGGCUUGAGGAAAGAAGAUGAUGGUUCCAAGUUGUCAGAAGCAGCUUUAAUGAAUAGUCAAGAAAGUUCACUGGGAGAAAACAUAUUGUCAAUGAAGAGCGAGAGGCUGUUUAAAGAGGAAAGAGCUCAUGGACCUGCUUCACUGACCAAAGGUAAUUCUUUACUCCAAGCUAAUACCUCAUUGGUAAUGACUAACAAGUCACCAAUUAACUCUGCAAGUAAUAGAAAGACUCACACUGAUGGCCCAACAUUAUUAAUUGAGAAUAGUACCUCGGUCUGGCAAGACAGUAUUUUAAAAAGUAAUGCUGAGUUUCAAGAAGUGACUCCUUUGAUUCAUGAUGAAAUGUUUAUGGACAAAAACACUACAGCUUUGGGGCUAAAUCAUGUGUCAAAUAAAAGUACUUCAUCAAAACAUACGGAAAUGGUCCACCAAAAAAAAGAGGGCCCUGUACCACUAGGUGCAGAAAAUCCAGAUAGAUCACCCUUCAAGAUGCUGUUCUUGCCAGAUUCAGCAAAUUGGAUAAAAAGAACCCAUGACAAGAAAUCCCUAGGCUCUGAGCAAAGGCCUGGUCCAAAGCAGUCGACAUCUUUAGCAUCAGAAAAAUCUAUGCAGGAUCCGAAUUUCCCGUCAGAGAACAAUACAGUGGUCAUAGAAGAGGAUGAAUUUACAAAGGACACAGGCCUCAAAGAAAUGAUUUCUCCAAACAGCAAGAGCAUAUUUCUUACUAACUUGGCUAAUGUCCAAGAAAAUGAUACACACAAUCAAGAAAAAAAAUCCCAGGAAGAGAUUCAAAGGAAGGAAAAAUUAAUCCAAGAGAACAUAGUCUUGCCUCAAGUGUAUACAGUGAAUGGCACUAAACAUUUCCUGAAGAACCUUUUCUUACUAAGCACUAAGCAAAAUGUAGAUGGUUUUGAUGAGGAGACAUAUACUCCAAUAUUUCAAGAUACCAAGUCAUUAAAUGAUUCAGCAAAUAGAGCAGGGAAUCACAUGGCCCAUUCCUCAAAAACAAGGGCAGAAACAAACGUGGAUGGCUUGGGGAAUCAAAGAAGGCCAGUGGUAGCAAAGUAUCCAAGCACCACAUGGAUAUCUCCUAAUCCAAGUCAGCGGAAUGCUAUGGCCCAACGUGGUAAGCGGGCUUUGAAACAAUUCAGCCUCCCGAAAGCAGAAACAAAGCUUGAAAUGGGGGGAAUUUUGAAUGACACCUCAACCCAGUGGUCCAAAAUAAUGAACUAUUUUAUCCAGGGCACUCUCGCACAAGUAAAGUACAAUGAGAAGGAAAAAGGGGCCAUUACUCGGUCCCUCUUAGAUGGUUCUAUGAGGAGGCAUGGAAUCAUUCAAACAGAUCACUCUGCAUUACCCGCUGCAAAGGUAUCAGCAUUUCCGUCAAUUAGACCUACAGAUCUGACCAAGAUUGCAUCCCAAGACAAUUCUUCUCAUCUUCUAGCAUCAGUCUGUAGUUAUACCUUUAGAGAGAGGAGUUCUGGGGCCCAAGAAAGCAAUCAUUUCUUACGAAGAGCCAGAAAAAAUUGUUCUUUAGUCUUCCUAACCUCUGAAAUGAUUGGAGGUCAAGAAAAGAUCAGCUCCCUGGGGGAAGGUGCCACAAAGCCACUCAUAUACAAGAAACUUGAGGACACUGUUCUCCCAAAACCAGGCUUGUCUAAAGCAUCUGGCCAAGUUGAAUUACUUCCCAAUGUUCAUGUUCAUCAGGAAAACUCUUUCCCUCCAAAAACUAGGAAUGCUUCUCCUGGCUACCUGGAUCUCACCGAAGACAUCUUCCUUCAGAAAACACGGGAACCCGUUCAAUUGAAUGAUGUAAAUAGAACUGGAAAAGUGCCCUUUCUGAAAUGGGCAACCGAAAGCUCUGAAAAGACUCCCUCCAAGCUGCUGGAUCCUCCCGCUUGGGAGAGUCAGUAUGCUACCCAGACACCAAGAGAAGAGUGGAAAUCCCAAAAGAAGUCACAAAAAGACAUAGCUGCUAAGACAAAAGACACCAUUUCACCCCUAGAGCCCUGCGAAAACAAUCAUUCAACACCGGCACUAAAUGAAGGACAAGAUCAGGCCCAAAGAGAAGCCACCUGGGCAGAGCCAGCGGGGACUGGAAGGUUGUACUUUCAAAGCCCACCAGUCUUGGAGCGCCAUCAAAGGGAAAUAACCCUUACUACGCCUCAGCCAGAGGAAGACAAAGCUGACUAUGAUGAUAUCUUCUCAACUGAAACGAAGAAAGAAGAUUUUGACAUUUAUGGUGAGGAUGAAAACCAGGGCCCCCGCAGCUUUCAAAAGACAACACGACACUAUUUUAUUGCUGCAGUGGAGCGGCUCUGGGAUUACGGAAUGAGUCAAUCCCCGUAUGCACCAAGGAACAGGGCUCAGAGUAGAAGUGUCCCUCAGUUCAAGAAGGUGGUUUUCCAGGAAUUCACUGAUGGUUCCUUCACUCAGCCCUUAUACCGUGGAGAACUAAAUGAGCACCUGGGACUCUUGGGGCCAUGUAUAAGAGCAGAAGUUGAAGACACUAUCAUGGUAACUUUCAAAAACCAGGCAUCUCGUCCCUACUCCUUCUAUUCUAGCCUUAUUUCUUAUGAGGAAGAUCAGAGGCAAGGAGCAGAACCUAGAAAAAAGUUUGUCAAACCUAAUGAAACAAAAGUUUACUUCUGGAAAGUACAACAUCAUAUGGCACCCAGUAAAGAUGAGUUCGACUGCAAAGCCUGGGCUUAUUUUUCUGAUGUCGAUCUGGAAAGAGACAUGCACUCAGGCCUGAUUGGACCCCUUCUGAUCUGCCGCACGAACACACUGAACCCUGCUCAUGGGAGACAAAUGACAGUGCAGGAAUUUGCUCUGUUUUUCACUAUUUUUGAUGAGACCAAGAGCUGGUACUUCACUGAAAACGUGGAAAGGAACUGCAGAGCUCCCUGCAAUAUCCAGAUGGAGGACCCUGCUUUUAAAGAAAGUUAUCGCUUUCAUGCAAUCAAUGGCUAUGUCAUGGAUACUCUACCUGGCUUAGUAAUGGCUCAGGAUCAAAGGAUUCGAUGGUAUCUGCUCAGCAUGGGCAGCAAUGAAAACAUCCAUUCCAUUCAUUUCAGUGGACAUGUAUUCACUGUACGGAAGAAAGAGGAGUAUAAAAUGGCGGUCUACAACCUCUAUCCAGGUGUUUUUGAGACAGUGGAAAUGCUGCCAUCCAAAGCUGGAAUCUGGCGGAUAGAAUGCCUUAUUGGUGAACACCUACAGGCUGGGAUGAGCACUCUUUUCCUGGUGUACAGCAAGGAGUGUCAGACCCCUCUGGGAAUGGCUUCUGGACGCAUUAGAGAUUUUCAGAUUACAGCUUCAGGACAAUAUGGACAGUGGGCCCCAAAGCUGGCCAGACUUCAUCACUCUGGAUCAAUCAAUGCCUGGAGCACCAAGGAUCCCUUCUCCUGGAUCAAGGUGGAUCUGUUGGUACCAACAAUUAUACACAGCAUCAUGACCCAGGGUGCCCGUCAGAAGUUUUCCAGCCUGUACAUCUCUCAGUUUAUCAUCAUGUACAGUCUUGAUGGAAAGAAGUGGCAGAGUUAUCAAGGGAAUUCCACUGGGACCUUAAUGGUCUUCUUUGGCAAUGUGGAUUCAUCUGGGAUAAAACACAAUACUUUUAACCCUCCAAUUAUCGCUCGGUACAUCCGUUUGCACCCAACACACUACAGCAUCCGCAGCACUCUUCGCAUGGAGUUGAUGGGCUGUGAUUUAAACAGUUGCAGCAUUCCAUUGGGAAUGGAGAAUAAAACAAUAUCAGAUGCACAGAUUACUGCCUCAUCUUACUUGAACAACAUGUUUGCUACUUGGUCUCCUUCCCAAGCCCGACUUCACCUCCAGGGGAGGACUAAUGCCUGGAGGCCACAGGCAAAUAAUCCAGAAGAGUGGCUGCAAGUGGACUUCCAGAAGACAAUGAAAGUUACAGGAAUAGCUACCCAGGGGGUGAAAUCUCUCCUUACCAGCAUGUAUGUGAAGGAGUUCCUCAUCUCCAGUAGUCAAGAUGGCCAUAACUGGACUCUAUUUCUUCAGAAUGGCAAAGUAAAGUUUUUUCAGGGAAAUCAAGACUCCUUCACACCUGUGGUGAACUCGCUAGACCCACCGCUACUGACUCGCUACCUUAGGAUUCACCCACAGAGAUGGGUGCACCAGAUUGCCCUGCGGCUGGAGGUUCUGGGCUGUGAGGCACAGCAGCUGUACUGAAAAACUAAUUUCCUGCUGAAAUGACACAACGAAAAUAUAAUGGGGAAAUUCUAUACCAGGACUGAAAACUAGAACGCCACUAACACAGUUGAAAUAGCAAGAAGUCAGAAGAAAAUCGAGCUGGUGAAAGCAGACAGAGAACACUCCAGUCUACCACUUCCACCCACAAGAGGAACCCCCACCUGUCCUCGACUGAUAAUUUUUGAAGAGUUUACUACUCCUUACAUAUGCCUGCCCCCUUCACUAUGACACACAAGCAUCUCCUGGAUGGUAAUGGGAACUGAACGCAAGGAUAAGCUAUAGAUGGGGCAGAGGAAACUCCCAAAGUUUACAAUUCAGGGCAAUUUGAAAACAGGAGUUCUUAGGAUAAGAAAAAAAAUCAUAGCAAUCUCAGAAAAGGCAAGAGAAUAGUUGUUGUUUUUUUAUCCUAUGCUAGAGCAUUUUCUAAUAAUCCUGCUUGACUCUGAUCUGACCCUUUUGGGGACUGUACCAUAGCUGUCCCAGUAUAAUCACAAUCCACAACUAAUCAAAGUGCAAAUGGUUUAUAGUCCUAUAAGACUCUGUUAAGGUUAAAGGUUAAUUACAGAAAUCAACAAGUUGUCUUGCUUUAUAGCCUCAUAGAGAAGUUAACCCCGAAGGUGAUAUGGUUUUAUUUUCUGUAAAAGGUUGAGCACUCUUUUGUCUAAUUUAAUCAUCUAUUUUUGGCAUUCUUUUCCCAUUGACUAUACAUCUCUAUUUCUCUCAUGUUCUCAGAACCAGCUCUUUUGUCUUCACGCUGGUUUCCUCAAUAAGCAGUUAAAUAAAACAUGAACACAUGCAAACAAAUGCCUUUCAGAGUUGUAUUUUCACACUGAAA